CCUCCCCUAACCCUCUAGAUCUAUCUAUAAAUAUGUAACCCCCCGCCAUGGUAUCUUCAACUCCCCUGCUUUGCAACGUCGUACAAUAUAACACAACAACGUACGUACGACAUAAAUAUGCCUUCAAGGAUUGCAGAUAAUAAACCAUCCUUUGCCCAAGUGCAAAAACAACUAGACCUGAACUCCGUCAAAGAAUUGCCGGAGUCUCAUGCAUGGACGACGUUGCCGUCGUCCGCGGCUUCCACGGGGGAAUCGAUUCCGGUGAUCGACCUGGGCGUGAGGCAGGCGGUGGCGGCGGAGCUCAUAGGGCGUGCAUGCAAGACGUGGGGGGCGUUUCAGGUGAAAAACCACGGCAUUUCCCAAGAUUUGCUGGACCGUAUCGAGUCCGCCGGGAAAAGCCUCUUUUCCCUCCCCUUGCACCAGAAGCUCAAGGCCGCCCGCUCCCCCGUCGACGGCGUUUCCGGCUACGGCGUCGCUCGGAUUUCGUGCUUCUUUCCCAAACGCAUGUGGUCCGAAGGCUUCACCAUCGUCGGCUCGCCGCUCGAACAUGCCCGCCUUCUAUGGCCUCAUGACUACUCCACUUUCUGUGACCUAGUAGAAGAGUACGAAAACGAGAUGAAGAAGUUAGCGGGAAGAUUGACCAAGCUAAUUUUAGAGUACAUAGGGGUCUCGGAGGAAGAAGUGAAAUGGGCCGUUGGGGCAAGAAUGGAUCAGCCCAAAGGAAGGUGUUCUGCCAUUCAGCUCAACUCGUACCCGGCCUGUCCAGAUCCGGGCCGGGCCAUGGGCCUUGCCGAGCACACGGAUUCGACCCUUCUCACCAUUCUCCACCAGAAUAACACUAGCGGGUUACAAGUUUUUCGGGAAGGAUACGGGUGGGUCCCCGUCCCUCCGAUUCCCGGGGCGCUGGUCGUCAACGCCGGAGACCUCCUCCACAUACUCUCAAAUGGGGUUUACCAUAGCGUGCUCCACCGCGCGGUGGUGAACCGGAGCAGGCACAGGUUGUCGGUGGCGUAUCUCUACGGCCCUCCGCCGGGGGUGAAGAUAUCGCCGUUGUCCAAACUGGUGGCGAAAGGGCAGCCGCCGAUGUAUAGGGAGAUUACGUGGAGUGAGUAUCUUGGAACUAAAGCCAAACACUUUGACAAGGCACUUUCUUCUGUACGAUUUUGUACCCCUCUAAAUGUGCUUCCGGACAGUAAUGAUCAUAAUCAUGUCCAAGUGGGCUAAUUAAUUAACUAAAUAUGAGAAUCAUAAAUUAGUAUUAUAGGUCCCCUUUCGAGGGAUUAAUUGCCUUAUUAUGCUUAUUCACUUUAUCAAUAGAAUAAAUGAAUAAGUAAAAUAAGUGACUUGUAACUUAGUUGACUGAGAUGAGUUAAAAUGUACCUCGGUUUAUAAGCCAUUGUCCAAUUUUGAUGCACUAUGAUAUGUAGUCCGUAAUAAUAAUCAAUAUUUUGUCGCCUACUCCCCACCGUUGCUCUAUACUACCUCCG